AUGUGUUCCUUGGCGCCUGCUGUUACUAUCCGCAACUACGAAGAACGCAAUUGCCGAAAUAUCAGGGGUAGAUUUGCGGCAUGUCGGAAUGCAGCUGAGCGUGCGUGCUGCGACAACAGACCAGCGCCCACCUUUUCAUCAAGCAAAUUCACCGGUCUGCCACCAACCGCCAUAGGGUCUAUAUGCACUCACCUUCGGGGACAGAAUUGUGGCCUCGACAGGGACAGCGGUCAUGGACUAAGCCUGUGUCUCAACUACCCUAAAUCCCGUGGGGCAUGGUGGUUCGAUUGCCGUAACUGCCGAAGGCCGGAUCAGCAGAUAUCUGACUUGGAGCUGGCCAUGGCACACAAAGCGAACACCUCAGUCGAACCGGACAUGAUCGGCUUUGAUGGACACGAUUUUAGCAUCAACGAGUCUACAACGAAGGGUAUACGGGAUACUCUUCUUGCUUACUUUGAUUCCGACACAACCUAUGCCGAUAUUCCCGAGGAAUAUCGAAUCUAG